GCUCCACGCGCCUCCCCGACCCGCCACCGCUGCCUCCAUCGUCCCAGCCGCCUCCAGCAUCUUCGCGGGACCGGCCGGACCUCCGGAGCCGCCGGCAGAACCAGUCCGGGUUCUCAGGAAGGAGCUUAAUUCCGUCGCUUCCGAGCUGUCUGCACGGCAGGAAGAAAGUGAGCAUUCUCAUAAACAUUUAAUUGAACUCCGCCGGGAAUUUAAGAAAAAUGUACCUGAGGAAAUCAGAGAGAUGGUGGCACCGGUGUUGAAAAGCUUCCAAGCAGAGGUGGUGGCACUUAAUAAGAGAAGCCAGGAGGCCGAGGCUGCUUUCCUGAGUGUGUACAAGCAAUUAAUUGAAGCCCCAGAUCCUGUACCUGUGUUUGAGGCAGCUCGUAACCUUGACGACAGACUGCAGACCCCCAGCCUUGACCACAGUGGGCAGCCCCGGCGGGACCUCCACGCUGUGUGGAAAAGACACCCCGAGCUCCUUGGCCCCAAAGAGCAGAGAGAGGGGACAUCUCCCGCGGGAGUCACGCUGACCGAGGGCAGCCGCCUCGCCGGAAUUCCCAGCAAAGCCCUCCUGACAGAAACUUUGCUGCAAAGAAAUGAGGUGGAGAAACAAAAGGGCCUUCAGGAAGUACAGAUCACUUUGGCAGCCAGACUGGGGGAGGCCGAGGAGAAAAUCAAGGUCCUACAUUCAGCGCUAAAGGCCACUCAGACAGAGUUGCUGGAACUUCGGCGGAAAUACGACGAGGAGGCAGCAAGCAAGGCAGAUGAAGUCGGCCUGAUUAUGACCAACCUGGAGAAAGCUAAUCAGCGAGCAGAAGCUGCCCAGCGGGAGGUGGAGAGCCUUCGGGAACAGCUGGCCUCCGUCAACAGCUCCAUUCGCCUGGCCUGCUGCUCCCCGCAGGGACCCAGUGGGGACAAGGUGAACUUCGCACUGUGCUCAGGCCCUCGGCUGGAGGCAGCCCUGGCCUCCAAGGACCGCGAGAUUGUGCGGCUGCUGAAGGAUGCGCAGCACCUGCAGAACUCGCUGCAGGAGCUGGAGGAGGUGUCGGCCAACCAGAUCGCAGAGCUGGAGCGGCAGCUCAGUGCUAAGUCCGAGGCCAUCGAGAAGCUGGAAGAGAAGCUCCAGGCACAGUCUGACUAUGAAGAAAUCAAAACAGAAUUGAGCAUCCUAAAAGCCAUGAAGUUGGCCUCCAGCACCUGCACUCUUCCUCCGAGCAUGGCCAAGCCCGAGGACUCACUGCUCCUAGCCAAGGAGGCCUUCUUCCCCGCGCAGAAGUUCCUUCUAGAAAAACCCGGGCUUCUGGUCAGCCCAGAGGAGGACCCUGCAGAGGACGAGCCCGUCAAGGACCCACUCGGCCCGGAGCAGCCCUUUCCGUCCCCCCCACAGCUCCCACCACCACCAGGCCCUGAAGACCCCCUGUCCCCGGGGCAGCCACUGCUGGGCCCAGGCCUGGGACCCGAUGGCCCCCGGACUUUCUCACUAUCCCCUUUCCCCAGCCUGGGCCCAGGGGAAAGACUGACCGGGGAUGCUCUGCUGUCCAAGCACUUGGUGGCCCCAGCCACCUUCAAAGGGGAAGCAGGUGGCCUGCUGGUGUUCCCCCCGGCCUUCUAUGGCACCAAGCCCCCCACGGCCCCCACAACUCCCGCGUCUGGCCCCGAGCCCCCUGGAGGCCCCGAGCUUGUGGAGGGCGGCGGGGCAGCCGCUGGCACCGGGGCAGAGGAGGAGCAACUGGACACGGCCGAGAUCGCCUUCCAGGUGAAGGAGCAGCUGCUAAAGCACAACAUCGGGCAGCGUGUGUUUGGCCACUACGUGCUGGGGCUCUCACAGGGCUCAGUCAGCGAGAUUCUGGCGCGGCCCAAGCCGUGGCGCAAGCUCACGGUGAAGGGCAAGGAGCCCUUCAUCAAGAUGCGCCAGUUCCUGGCCGACGAACAGAAUGUGCUGGCACUAAGGACCAUCCAGGUGCGGCAGCGAGGCAGCAUCACCCCCCGAAUUCGCACACCAGAGACUGGCUCGGAUGACGCCAUCAAGAACAUCCUGGAACAGGCCAAGAAGGAGAUUGAGUCACAGAAGGGGGGUGAGCCCAAGAACCCUGCAGCCCCCUUGAGCUCAGCCAAUGGCUCCACCUCCGCCAGCACCUCAGAGGAUGCCAUCAAGAACAUUCUGGAGCAGGCCCGCAGAGAAAUGCAGGCUCAGCAGCAGGCCCUGCUGGAGAUGGAGGCGGCUCCCCGAGGCCGCUCCGUGCCCCCCUCGCCCCCGGAGCGGCCCACAGUGGCAGCCUCGAGCCAGAAUGGAGCGCUGCCACACGUCAAGCAGGAGGACAGUGGUGUGGGGGGCAGUGGGGGCACCAGCAGCAGCGCCACGCAGACGCCCCUCACCGUGCUGUCCCCAGCUGCCUUCGUGCAGAGCAUCAUCCGGAAGGUCAAGUCGGAGAUUGGUGAUGCUGGCUACUUCGAUCACCACUGGGCCUCGGACCGUGGCCUGCUCAACCGGCCCUACGCCUCUGUGUCCCCUUCGCUCUCCUCCUCCUCCUCUGGCUACUCUGGCCAGCCCAGUAGCCGUGCCUGGGCCCGGGGCGAUGAGGCCACAGUCAACACCCCUGAAGACGAAGGGCCCGAGGACGAGCCCCCCCGGGGGGCUGAGCUCAAGGCUGAGGGGGGCGGCCCUGAGGCAGGCGGUGGGCGCCUGGCCUACUACCCAGCCUACGUGCCCCGCUCACUAAAGCCCACUGUGCCCCCGUUGACCCCUGAGCAGUACGAGCUGUACAUGUACCGUGAAGUGGACACACUGGAGCUGACCCGACAGGUCAAGGAGAAACUGGCCAAGAAUGGGAUUUGCCAGAGGAUAUUUGGGGAGAAGGUACUAGGCCUGUCCCAGGGCAGCGUAAGCGACAUGCUAUCACGGCCCAAGCCCUGGAGCAAGCUGACGCAGAAGGGGCGCGAGCCCUUCAUCCGAAUGCAGCUCUGGCUGUCCGAUCAGCUGGGCCCGGCUCCCGGCCCGCAGCCUGGUGCCUCCCACGCCAGUCCUCCCGAGCCCAGACCUUCCCCAUCCCCACCACCGAGCCCCCCGGAGCCUGAGAAGAGCUCCCAGGAACCCCUGAGCCUGGCUCUAGAGAGCAGCAAGGAGAACCAGCAGCCAGAGGGGCGCACCAGCUCUGUGCUCGGCGGGAAGAUGUGCUCCAGCAACCAAGCUACGGGUGGCAUCCAGGAGAUCGUGGCCAUGUCCCCUGAGCUGGACACGUACUCCAUCACCAAGAGGGUCAAGGAGGUCCUCACAGACAACAACCUAGGGCAGCGGCUGUUUGGGGAGAGCAUCCUGGGCCUGACGCAGGGCUCUGUGUCCGACCUUCUGUCCCGGCCCAAGCCCUGGCAUAAGCUGAGCCUGAAGGGCCGGGAGCCCUUCGUCCGCAUGCAGCUGUGGCUCAGUGACCCUCACAACGUGGAGAAGCUAAGGGACAUGAAGAAGCUGGAAAAGAAAGCCUACCUAAAGCGCAGAUAUGGCCUCUUGAGUACCGGCUCAGACAGUGAGUCUCCAGCCACCCGCUCCGAGUGCCCCAGCCCCUGCCUGCAACCGCAGGACCUGAGCCUCCUGCAAAUCAAGAAGCCCCGCGUGGUGCUGGCACCAGAGGAGAAGGAGGCGCUCCGGAAAGCCUACCAACUGGAGCCCUACCCGUCGCAGCAGACCAUCGAGCUGCUCUCCUUCCAGCUCAACCUCAAAACCAACACGGUCAUCAAUUGGUUCCACAACUACAGGUCCCGGAUGCGCCGGGAGAUGCUAGUGGAGGGGACCCCAGACGAACCAGACCCCAGCCACCACCACCCGGAUUCGGCCCCAAAAAGCCCCGACUCGGAGCCUGAGGACCUGAAGCCCACGGGAAAGGACCUGGAGCUGCCCGAGGCCCUGGAGGAGCACCAUGCACCCCUGGGCCAGGGUGCUCUGACCAUCAAGGAGGAGGAGCCAGACAGCCAGCCCCAGAGCUCCCCUGGAGAGGCACCUCCCAACUUGCCCGGUAACAACAGACUCCCCACUGCCGCCUCGGGGCUCCCCCUGGGCGAGACCACCCCAGACCACCCCUUGCUCCCGUGCAACCCAGACCCUCCGGGGUGCCAGUCCACCGCCGAGUCCUCCCACGGCAGCCCCCUGCCACGGAACUCGCCCUCGGAGGCCACCUCGCCAGCCCACGGGACCUCGGUGUCCCCUGCACCCUCCUCAGGCCCUGGCUCCCCCUGUCCGCCCGGUGCACCCUCCACCACAGUGCCGAAUGCCAGCCCUGUCGCUGACACGGCCGGGGCCUUGCACCCCAGCGCCAAGGUGAACCCCAGUCUGCAGCGGCGCCAUGAGAAGAUGGCCAAUCUCAACAGCAUCAUCUACCGGCUGGAGCGGGCGGCCAACAGGGAGGAGGCCUUGGAGUGGGAGUUCUGAGUGCGGGGACAGCCUGGCAGCCUUUUGCCUUCCUUGCUGUGACCAAGGUCCCCAGGUUGUGCUUGAGGGGGUGCAGCCCAGCCAGUGCCACCCACCCACCCACCCACCGCCACUGCCUCUGCAGGGGGCUGAAGGUGGCGCCACAUUCUCACCUGAAAACUCCAAACUCUUUUAGAAAAGAAAAUGAAAUAUUUAUAGACCUCUUUUAGAUAUUUUAAUAAAGGAUCCUUUGGAAUCUAUUCCCAAGCCGCCACGGUUUUGAUAUUACAGAGUUAUAAAAUCAGGAUGUUGUCACAACUGUCGCCGAGGGCACGCUGAAGUUGUGUCGUGUUUUAUUUUUUGUUUUUUUUUUUUGUUUUUGUUUUUUGCCACUAGAUGAGAUUAAAAGAAGACAAUUGCUCAAAGCCAUCACGAAACACUCUAAGAUUGACCAAAAUUUAGAUGACCUUUGAACCGCAGUGUUUUUGUCCCUUCCCCGUGUCAGUCUGUGAGACACAACGCCUCACCCCUGCCCUUCCAGAAACUGCUGGAAAAAGAAAGUCCAAAAGACUCUAAAUGAAAACCUUGGUGCCCCGGAGGCCCCCUGCACUACCCCCCCAGGUGUGUGGGUGCAGUGGUCAGGCCCUAGUGACAUGGGCAAGCUGCCUGCCUAGAGACCUCUGGGCUAUGUUCGUGCAGGACCGGAUGUCUUUGAUGUGCUUUCCAGGCCUAGGGUGUCAAGGGUGCUCAAGCAGCCCCUUGGGAAGUUCCCCCUCUGGGCCCGUGUAGGUAAGCCCAGGGCCUAUCUUCCUCUUCUGGCGUCUAAGGAAGCAUUAGUGCUCAUCCUGCCAACCUGCUCGAUGAUCCCCCCACGCCCCCGUCCUGCAGUCUCCUCUCCCACGAAGACCCUGGUGCUGUUUCUGGAAGGUUCCUGCAACCACAAGCCACCUAGGGCGGAGCCAUAUGGUUCACUUCACCACAGCCUCUCCAGUCGACGUUCUGGGGCCCACCCACCUGCCUUCCAUAUACGG